UGAGCUGACACAUUAGAGGAGGAAGACUGCAGACGCUUGGAGCUUGCCUGCUUGCUGUAUCUCGUCUCCAGGUCCAAGACAAACAAGCCAGGUGGAUUUAAAGCAGCAGCAGGAGGAAGAGGAGGAAACAAAAGAACAUUGGAGAACCUCCACCCCAUGUGAGCAGGACAGCGUGGGGGGACAAAAAGACAAGACAAGAGGAGCCAUGGGAGCCUUGAAGGUGCUGCUGGGGACUUUACACUAUGUGGGACUGUGCGUGCAACUUGGUGUCUCCACCAGCAGCAGCAAACACACUGGACACGGACACAAGGAGAACCACAUCAUCCACAGCCACGCCAUGUUCACGGAGGUGCCUCACGAUGUGACGGCUCACAGGGGUCAAGAUGUGGAGAUGGCCUGCUCAUUCAGGGGAGCCGGGACCCCUUCCUACUCCCUAGAAAUCCAGUGGUGGUACAUCCGCAACCAUGUGGACUGGACAGACAGACAGCCAUGGGAAACCAAUGAGGUAGCUCCAGAGGAGGAGAUGCCAAAGGAUGCUACAAAGAUAAGUGUGGUGAAGGUCGUAGGAAGCAACAUCUCCCACAAGCUCCGCCUCUCCCGGGUCAAGUCGUCUGAUGAGGGCACCUACGAAUGCAGAGUCAUCGACUUCAGCGAUGAGGAAGCGGGGGUGCGCCACCACCGCGUGCGGGCCUACCUGCAGGUGGUAGCAGAGAGCGACAUCGUCACCAGUAACCAGUACGACAACUUCCAGCUGCUGGACGAUACCAAGAGACAGUCGGGGUACGUCGAAGGGGAGUUCCACAGCAGCCCCAAAGGGCACGCUCACAGCCAACCCCAAAGCGAGGGGCGCCCCCAGGGGCACAGCAAGCGACCUUCCUCCCCCGCCCCCCACCACAGUCAUCCUGGUAGGAGUGAUCAUCAGCAAGCAGGCAGGGAGCUGAGGAAGAGGGAUGUGGACAGUAACCAUAGCAACAAUGACUGCUCCAAUGAGCCCAGCUGUGUGCUGUAGAGUAAUCUGAUUACAUCAGCAGGGUGGGGGGGACACACAAAAAUGGCAUAAAAGCCACACUUCCCACACAGUGCAGAACCUUACCAUGUCAUAGAAAAGUACAGGUCCAUGCUGGGAUUGUUGACUGUAGUACGUAAAUCACUAAAAUGACCCAUUGAACUCCACUCUAUGUCAUUGGCAUACUACAUGACAUACAGUAAAGCUGCUUUCACAAUCAUACUUGCUUGACUGCAGAAGAACUGGAAUGCCACCCAGUGGAGCGCAGACCUCUGCCAAGGCCACAAAACAAAAUAGCUCAUUUUUUCACAGCUGUAAAUGACAUUAGUGGUGCGCCCUGUAAGUUGUGCUCAUAAUGCUUCAGAAGACAUGCUAGCAUACAUGUAAUACAAAUAUGCUCAAAGUUUUACAAUCAUUAAACAAAUGUUCAAUGACUUAUGGGCAAUUAGAAGUCCCGCCCGUGCCCCUGCAAAGGCAUUUUGCUUGGUAGUGGCCAUGUUUUUCAACCAAAGUUGCUAAAAUUUUACAGAAGUGUGCUUGUCAGCCCCCGAAAGAUGUGUUCUGAAUUUCGCGGUGAUUCGGCUAAACACCUUAAAGUUACAGCAGCUGUUUUGUAGUGAAGCUGUGUGAGAAAUAUUAAGUCAAUCCGACUUACGGGGUUUAAAAAAAAGAGCCACUAUGUGGUGUAUUUGUUUAAAAAAUAAUAGCACAAGUAACACAAUAGAGGUGGAUGUUUCUACAAAUGUUCACCCUUUUGUUUACAGCGGUUCAUGCAUGAGUAGAGGAGUUAAGCCUGUAUUAUGCUUCAGAGUCAUCGCUACGCUUCCCCUUCUAACGGCGUCUUGAUUGAUUUAUAGCUCUUCGACAGGGCUGACGCGUGUUUUGCAAAAACAAAACAAAAACAGCUCUCAUUGAGUAGUUAUUUAGUUUACAGUGUAGUUGUAAACAAUGGUGACUGCGACAUCCAGAUUGUUGUUGAUUGAUGUGGAACAUCAGUCACGUUCAUUGCAUGUGUUGCUUUAAAACCGCUCAUAUUUACAUCUUUCAUUUAUAUCGUUCAACUGUUCGUAUUUGCGGAUUGCAUAUUUCUUGGCUGAGAUGCGCCUCAAUUUGCACCGGUGUUAUUUUGGUUUUAGCUGACUUCUUGGUGCUUUCACAGAAGGGCAAAACGAAAGUGAUGUACGAAAAAAAGCCUGCCAAUCACAGCCCUGCACCGUCGCCGUUGACUCCAAGUUAGAAUUUUGUGGAAGUGGUUUGGAGAGGAAGCUGGCAUAGCUUCUGCGGGCACUGUGAUGCUGGAGCAUAAUACCGCCUUACCUUAUACACACAAAUGUGAAAAUAUUGGGACACCCAACGGGAUAACCUUACAACUGAGGUAGAAUGUUCCAUUUUUAAUAAUCAGAUUUGCACCAAGAUGUCAUGAGUUCUUCAGUUAGUAGUUUUUGCACAGUAUGCCACUUCCUGGUUUGUGGAGGAUGACAGACGACGUUAGGACUGGACGGCUCGUGCGAUUUUGAUUCUAAGACUGAAUCUUAGCUGUUCCAUUCAGUGCCCAGUAAAGAAAAGAAAAUCGAAAUUGAUCGAAACUGCAAAAAUGUAAUUGUUUUUAUUCUGCGCCCAUGCGCCACACCUCAACAAAGUUAUGGUUUGCUGAAUUUGUUUGUGUUAUCCUGCACACUAGUAACAAACUAACCAACUUUUGACUAUUGAUCAAGUAGAGUGCAGAUCAAUCGCCCGGUUGAUCUACUGAGUGGUUCGUGGAAGAUAACGUAAAAUGUCAUGAAUAAUUAUAAUAAUAAUAAGACUCCUCGUUGCUGAAUCUACACCAAAAUGUGAUGGGUUUUUCCUUUAUCCUCGCGCCACCCUUGUACAAAGUUUCAUGGAAAACGCUUAUGUAUUUUUUUGCAUAAUCUUACUAAUACAAAUGCGGCGAUCAAAAGAAGCUCGACCUGUGAAGUACAAUGUUUCACAUUUGUCUUUUUUAACCAUCGUAAGUAAAUGGUGCUUUUAUUUGGUGAACUGGAUCUACUCUUUGGUGAUGAGAAAAUUGGUGUAGUUUCAUUGAUAAUAUUAAUAAUACUAAUGUUCUUCUGCUGCUCAUCAAUCAUUAAGCCUCAAUUAAGCCUCCACUGUAAGCCUCUAAUCUACUUUGUAUAUAAGACUGUAUGAUUUGAAAUAAAGUGAAUGCAUGUUCAGUAAUUUCCCUAAAAAAAAACUUUUUCAACUAAAUAUAUACUUAGAUAGUGAUUUUGUUUUUAGUUUUUUCUCCAUGAAUUCUCGUCGGUUCUGGAUAUUUUUUCCUCCAUUACUUUUUCCAUUGCGUUUCCAAAAGUGCUGUACAGACAGAUGAAUGAUUCUUAUCUAUCUUAGUAUUAUUGUACUUACAUAAACUACCACAGUACCGUAUAUCUGACAUGUCUACAAGAGCUUGGACGGCCAUUCCGAGCAGUUUGUGUCUGCGGGAAUGAUUUUAAGAGAUUCUUCUCUAUUUCACCUUUGCUGCCACAAACAAUUAUAAUAAUAACAAUAAUAAUAACCUUUUUGUGUGUGUGCUUGAGCGCAAAAGGACACUACUUCACUCCCAAGGAUCAAAUGGGACAAAUGGAAUAUUUGGGAAGGGUUUUUUUGUGUAACUUUCUGCUAUUAACAACGCUACUCGGAGGACACUUUGGAAUGAUUUGAUUUGAUGGCUAGUCAAGGAAAGGAGGGAAAGUGUACAUUUGUGCUAUAAAGGUUUGAGCUCAUGCUAAAGUGUAUGCUUUUACCAAAUAAAAUAAAUUGCAUACAAACA